AUGAUUGACAAACAAACCAAAUACGAUAGACAAUUACGAUUAUGGGCAAACACAGGACAAGAUAACUUGGAAAGAUGCCAUCUCUGUAUGAUUAAUGCUGAUGCCACUGCUUCGGAAACACUCAAGAAUUUGGUUCUUCCAGGGUUAGGUAAGUUUACCAUUGUAGACGCCGGUACUGUUUGUCCAGGUGAUCUUUCUGGUAAUUUCUUCCUUACAGAGGCUGAUUUAGGGAAGAAUCGAGCUGAAGCCUUGACUCGGAACUUGCUAGAACUCAAUCCUGAUGUUGAGGGCAAGUGGGUGGCGGAACAAUCAAUUGAUUCUUUGGAUGCUCAAUUUUGGGAUCAAUUUGAUAUGGUGAUAAUAUCCAAUUAUGUAAAGGGGUAUGAUGAAUUGGUUCAAUUGCUUUGGAGACAAGACAUCCCGUUACUUGUGGCCACAACUAUGGGAUAUUACGGGUCUUUACAUGUUAUACGAAGUGAAACUACGGUGGUUGAAACCCACCAUCCUUCUCAACGAUUCCAAUUAUUCUUAGACAAGCCAUGGCCAGAACUACAACAAUUUGUAGAUUCAUUUGACCUUGAAACACUAGAUGAGACAGAUCAUGCACAGGUGCCAUAUAUUGUGAUUUAUAUUAAAUUACUUGCUCAAUUAAGAGCAUCAAAUAGUCCUAUCCCUAAAACUUACCAACAGAAACAACAUUUUAAAACCCUUAUUGAAUCCUUAUCUAGAGACAUUUCUCAAGAAACAAACUUUAUAGAGGCUUCAAGCUCCCUUUUCCGUACAGUCCUCGAAACUGAAAUACCGCCUUCAGUAGUGGAGAUCAUGAAAAUUGCUAGUAAGUUGGACCUCACCCAAACAUCAUUAUUCUGGAUCUAUGUGAAGGCUUUAGAGAACUUUGCCUCAAAAAAUGAAGGACUUUUACCGUUACCAGGAACUCUACCAGAUAUGGCAUCUAACACGGCCAAUUAUGUGCAACUUCAAAAAAUAUACCAUCAAAAGGCUAUUAAAGACCGUGAAGCGUUUGCUAAAGAAGUUCAGAUUCUAUCUGCCAGUUUGGGAAGAGAAGAAGCAGAUGAUUUGAACCUGGAUUUGAUAAGUAGCUUCUGCAAAAACUCUAAUCUUUUGUAUGUUUCCAAAGGCUCGUACAAACAAGUCUCAGAGCAAAUAGUGAAGGAUUGUCUUGUCCCAGGGAAAUAUAACAUAUCUGCAGUUUACCUAUCGUUGUUGAAUACUAGGUAUUAUUUUAAUAUAUUUGGUUCACUACCUUCAAUUAAAGAUUUAGAAUCUUUUACACAAUUGGCAUUCGAUGUUAUAUUUAAGCCUUACAUGUCUUCCAUAUCAGACAUUCCAGAAUCGGUUAUUUUGACUUUCACAGAUGUAUUAAGUCAUAAUACAAAUUCCUACCAUAAUUUAGCCAGUUUUAUUGGGGGGAUCACAGCGCAAGAGGUGUUAAAAAUAGCUACGGCUCAAUAUAUCCCACUUGAUAAUGUAUUUGUAUUUGAUGGAAUAGUCUCAACCAGUCAAAAGUGGAAAAUUGAAUAA